AAACUGAUUACUUAUAUAACAGUAAUAACAAAAAGCGCAACUCUCAGCAGUAUCCAAAAGAGAGAAGACGCUGUAUUCCAUCCAAGAUAAACGAAUUGAAACAUUAGCUUCUGAUUCUUUGUAUUUUGAGGUUCCUGAAUUAAUCUGAAACAAGAUCUUACUGCAAUCAUGGCUGAAGAAGAGAAUCAAAACGAGUUGGUGGCUGAUAUAGCACCUUUUGAUCCUACAAAAAAGAAGAAAAAGAAGAAGGUUGUAAUUCAAGAUCCUGCAGAUGACUCUGUUGAUAGCUUGGCUGAAAAAACUGAGAAUUUAUCUGUUUCUGAAGGCCUUGAGGCUACAUUUUCUGGUAAAAAGAAGAAGAAGAAGCCGGCACACACUGAUCUCCUGAGUGAUGAAAAGGAAAGCAUUGGCGAGGAUGUGGAUGAUCACCCUGGAGAUGAUGAAGAACCUGGAGAAAUUGUCCUGCAACAUCUUCCUUGGGAGGGAACUGAUCGAGAUUAUGAAUAUGAGGAGCUUCUGGGCAGAGUAUUUAACAUUCUCCGUGAGAAUAAUCCUGAGCUUGCUGGAGAUAGGCGAAGGACAGUUAUGAGGCCGCCUCAAGUUCUUCGUGAAGGCACAAAGAAAACCGUGUUUGUGAAUUUCAUGGAUCUUUGCAAGACGAUGCAUAGGCAGCCUGAGCAUGUUAUGACUUUCUUGCUGGCUGAAAUGGGGACUAGUGGAUCACUUGAUGGGCAGCAAAGAUUGGUCAUCAAGGGAAGAUUUGCUCCUAAGAAUUUUGAAGGAAUCCUUCGGCGAUAUGUCAAUGAGUAUGUCAUCUGCAAUGGCUGUAAAAGUCCAGAUACUAUCCUUUCAAAGGAAAACCGUCUUUUCUUCCUCAGAUGUGAGAAGUGCGGGUCUGGAAGAUCAGUUGCUCCUAUCAAGGCUGGUUUCGUUGCUCGUGUUGGCCGUCGGAAAGCUGGGACAUGAUCCGGUGGCUUGGAGAUUGUUAGUUGGACAAUUUCUUCUUGUAAUAGAGUAUGUUGGAGUUUUGUAUGUUUAACCUGAGGGAAAAUAUUGACUUUUGGUGCAACUUUGCUUAUGUAGAGGUCCAAUUUAGAUUCAAUUUGGUGAGAUCAUGUCUUGUGAUAUUUCUAAAAUGUGGAUAUAAUUGUGGCUUUUGGCUUA